UGGUGAGCCAGUCCAGGGCGAGUGACGUAAACUGUAACCGGUCCGGAAUAUAUAAAUAAAUAAACAAACACUGGCCGGGAGAGGCAGACACGGAUAUCAGACUGUAGAGACAGCAGCUAUUUAAAAAAAUAAAAAACUCCACAAACCUACGACUAUACAUCUCCCUGUCUUGUUUUAUACAUUGAACUCUCGGUGCGUCUGAACAAUAAAAUAACUUGGCUCGCCAUGUUGCUAAGGAAAGUCGGUUUUUCUCCAGUUUUUAGCACAGCUCUCCGGCUAGCCCCUUCUGCCAGCGGGUCAGCCCGUCCAGCAGAGUCCAGUCUCUUCACCUACAAUGGGCGUCCCUACGCCAGCCAGGCUGCAGAGGCAGUUUUGGACAAGCACGCCACCGGCUCGGAGACUGCAGCCAAAACCAGCACCGACAAGAAGACCUCUGACCUGGAGUCCAAGUCGUUUGCAGUGAACAUGUUCAAGGGACAGAUCAGCACAGCUCAGGUCUUUCCAUUCCCCUCCGUAAUGAACGAAGAGCAGACUCAGUUCCUCAGCGAGCUGGUGGGGCCGGUAGCCAAAUUUUUCGAGACAGUGAAUGACCCGAUGAAGAACGACGAACUGGAGAAGGUGGAGGACGGCACCAUGGAGGGGCUGAAGGAGAUGGGGGCUUUCGGACUGCAGGUCCCCUCUCACCUGGGGGGUCUGGGCCUCACCAACACACAGUACGCCCGGCUGGUGGAGAUUGUGGGCAUGCACGACUUGGGCGUGGGCAUCACGCUGGGGGCUCACCAGUCCAUUGGCUUCAAGGGCAUCCUGCUCUUCGGAAACAAGCAGCAGAAAGAGAAGUACCUCCCCAAACUCGCCACAGGAGAGACGAUCGCUGCGUUCUGUCUCACGGAGCCCUCCAGCGGCUCGGAUGCAGCCUCUAUCAAGACCGUGGCCGUGCAGAGCGACUGUGGGCAGUACUUCACUCUGAGCGGGGGCAAGAUCUGGAUCAGUAAUGGAGGCCUGGCUGAGAUCUUCACUGUGUUCGCAAAAACCCCCAUCAAAGACAAGACCACGGGAGAGGUGAAGGACAAGAUCACAGCAUUCAUCGUGGAGCGGGGCUUCGGAGGGGUCACCCACGGCCCCCCUGAGAAGAAGAUGGGUAUCAAGGCUUCGAACACGGCAGAGGUGCACUUCGACGCGGUGCGCGUGCCGCUGGAGAACGUGCUGGGAGAGGUGGGCGGUGGCUUCAAGGUCGCCAUGAACAUCCUGAACAACGGGCGCUUCGGCAUGGCAGCGGCGCUGUCCGGCACCAUGAAGGGCGUCAUCAGCAAGGCGGUGGAUCAUGCAGCCAACAGGACUCAGUUCGGCAACAAGAUCCACAAUUUCGGAGUCAUUCAGGAGAAGGUGGCUCGCAUGGCAAUGAUGCAGUACGUCACGGAGUCAAUGGCCUACAUGAUCAGUGCCAACAUGGACAUGGGUGCUUCAGAGUUCCAGAUUGAGGCAGCGAUCAGCAAGAUCUUUGCUUCUGAGGCAGCCUGGACAGUGACAGACGAGUGUAUUCAGAUCAUGGGAGGAAUGGGGUUCAUGAAGGACGCUGGCGUGGAGAGAGUGAUGAGAGACCUCAGGAUCUUCCGCAUCUUCGAAGGAACCAACGACAUCUUGAGACUCUUUGUCGCUCUCAAUGGAUUCCAGAACGCAGGGAAGCAGCUGAAGGGGCUGCAGCACGCUCUGAAGAACCCCAUCGGAAAUGCAGGCUUCCUGGCUGGAGAGAUCUCCAAGCGGGCCAAGAGGAAGGCUGGUCUGAGCUCAGGGCUGAGUCUGCAUGGGACUGUGCAUCCUGAACUGGCAGAGAGUGGGGAGCUGCUGGUGAAAGCUAUUGAACAGUUUGGUGGCGUCGUUGAGGAUCAGCUGCUGAAACACGGCAAGAAGAUUGUGGAUGAGCAGUUUGUACUGAAGAGAGUGUCCGACAGUGCGAUCGAUCUCUACGCCAUGGUGGUCGUGCUGUCCAGAGCGUCCAGGUCUCUGAGUCAAGGGCACUCCUCCGCCCAGCAUGAGAAGGUUCUGUGUGAGACCUGGUGUCUGGAGGCUCACGACAGGAUCAUGAAUGACAUGAAGGCUCUCCAGUCGAGCUCCUCCAAGAGGCUCUUCAAGAACCUGCGCGCCAUCUCCACUGCCGUGGUGGAGAACGGGGGCGUCGUGUCCCCCCACCCCCUGGGCUUCUAGAGCAGAGAGAUCCCCUUCACCCACACCACUCACCCCUUGGGCUUCUAGAGCAAAGAGAUCCCCUUCACCCACACCACUCACCCCCUGGGCUUCUAGAGCAAAGAGAUCCCCUUCACUCACAUAGCUCUCCAUCAGGCUGAACUCAACACCCACAGAAAAUAAAUGCAUUCGGUGUCUUUUUUUCAGUGAUGUUGCCACGAACACUUAUUUUUAAGAACUCUGCGCUUGAUUUAAGAAACGAUGCACUUGUUCAAACUCCCUGAAAUGCUUCAGGCUUCUGAUCUACAGCCAAAGCAGUUCAUCUUUUGUAUUAGAAAUAUGGACCUGAAUUAACAUUUUAGGAAGCUAAAUUCAAAGCAGUUUUCACGUCCUUGAAAAUGUGCAUCGGCUUCUUCAGUUUGUAGAGAUCUAACCCUGCAGUGUUUGCUAGCCUCUAUUUGAACAUGUUCCCUUUUAUAAAGCAGACCUCUGGUUCUGUAAAUAGAUUACAUACGAGUUGCUAAACUAAUCUGCUGCGAGGAUAAUACUGUGGCUAUAACUGUACGGUUUGUGCUACCAGUUGACUUGUGCCUAGCUGCUUAUUUUAAAAGGUGUGAUAACCACAGGUUUAAAACCUUUUUCUGCCUUUGUGAAACUCUUGCUGUUUUCCAGGCUGCUUUUAUUUCUGCCAGCUAAUUCCCAUUGUGUUUCAGGGAAUCUGACCUUGUCUGAGGUUUGCAUAGGAAACUGGGGGGGGGAGAGGGGUAGGGGGCGUUGUCCUUUAUAAAAGUGCCCCAUAGUAAAAGCAUAGCAAAGUGUAAUAAAUCACAGGGGAAGCAUUGUAAGGAAUAGCAAGGCAUGGUAAAGCAUAUUUAAAAAACAAACCAUGGUAAACUAGCCCUUCUAAAACUUUCCCAUAGUAAAAUCAUAGCAAACUAAUAAAACAAGUGAAAGCAUGGUGACGCACAGAGAGGUAUGGUAAAGCAUAGGAAAGUAGCAAAACAGCAAUUUGAAUGCAAUAGAGGAAAUUCCAGUCUGAAUCAGCAGAAACGUCCUGUAAAAACUUACAGAUUUUAACAAGUGACAAACAAAAACCAAAAAACUGGUAAAUGGGGGAAGCGCAGGAAAUCUGCUAAAUUACCACGAUAAACGUUUAUAGGGGUAAGAGGAUAGGAAAGCAUGGCCUGUAGCAGGAUAAAUAGACGUCGCCAGUCAAUGUGAGAAUCUGGGGAAUGGAAGUACACCAUCAUUGCACUACAGCGCCCCCCACUGGUCGGAGGCUCUCCAGGCUGGGCUGUCUCCUUCAGGGCUCAAUCGCCAGAUAACAACCUUUUAAUUCGGUGAGUGGAGAUGGUCUGAUUUUCAACACUCCUGGUCAGUGGGUCACAGCAAUGAGGCCACAUUUGAAUUUACUUUUUUCAUUUUCAAAAUUGAGAAAUUCUAAUGAAAGAUGAGUAGCAAAAUUGUAAGUAAAUUGUUUCACAGCAGGUUAACGACUUAUCACUCUUGUAUGCGAGUGUAAACGGGGAUAAUUGUGAAUAGUUUUGUCAGGGUGUUAGCUGUUCUCCUCCUGUUAAUAAAAUAAACCUUCUAAACUCGUAGAUUUUGGUGACACAGUUUCCAAAGAUUUGAAAUGUGUUUAGUGAUGGGUGAUCUGCAGCAAAGGGGCAAACUUUUACCAACUGUACAGAAUUGACAAAAGAGAAACGGCAAACCACUUUGAAGCUUUGAAAACCACUGCAAAAGAAUGAUGAUCUGUCUAAUUGUUUUCCAGACAACAUAAUUAUCAAUCCUGCACUGCAUGUUGUUCUCUUGUGCAAGGGAUAAUAUUUGAAUAUUGGAACCUAUGUUGUUAAGAAUGUAUUACAUGUUUGACAGGAGUAUGAAAUGUAAUUUUAAGGUUGGUAGACAAGGUAAAACAAUACAGCUUAACCUUUGUGUUAUUCAGUGUAAUGUGAUAAUGUCUAAUUUGUAUGCGAAAUAAAUUCUUCUGGACAAA